GCCUAAAUGUUGUAUUGUUCACAGGAUGGGCAUCUCGGUCAAUUUCUCCUCUUUUCUCCCCUCCAGACAACAACAUACACCUUUGAGUAGAGGCGCGUCAGUGACACAAGCGCGGUCCAAUAAUUUGUCUGUCUGGUUACGGACAGAGAGCGUGAGAGCUUGUCGGGGCCCAAUCAGCGCUUUUGUAUUGCCUGCCAGUACCGGGGACUGACUGGUUGUGAGUAUUUACUGCAGCGCCCCAGGAUCCCAAAGCCAAACCCGAAGCCAGUGGAACCUGCGGGGUGAAGGCGAGUCAGUCCAGUAUGGAGCGACUGAAUGAGGAGGCGGUGCGGCUGAGCCUGCUGAAGCGAGGCCUGGACUCCUCCUCGCCUGCAGGCGGCGCCACGAGCAGUGAACGAGAUGAGCUGCUCUCCAAACGCAUCAAGAUGGAGGGCCACCAAGCCAUGGAGCGCCUCAAGAUGCUGGCCUAUCUGAAACGCAAGGACCUGGCCGGCCUGGAGGGGGGAGGAUUGGGAGGGGUCUCAGGAGGCGGGGCCCUAAGGGGUGAGGUCAAGGGUCAUGGGUCUUCAGGGGGAGGGGCUUAUGAGGAGAAGACUAAUGGGAGCCUCCGUGGUCAGGUUGUGGGAGCCCAUGGCAUGGUGGGAAAGAGCGGGAAGGAGAACAUGGGCGAGGAGCCAGUGGAUUUCAGCGCCCGGAGAGGUGACGUGGACCGGGAGCGACACACACCCUCCCCUGAUGUGAUCGUCCUGUCAGACAAUGAGGCGUCCAGUCCAAGAGGGCCCAGCCAAGGGGAAGAACGCCUGAGGGCAGCGAACCUGGAGAUGUUUAAGGGUAAGACAGGGGAGGAGAGGCAGAAGAUGAUCAGGGCUCUGAGAGAAGAGCUGAGGCUGGAGGAGGCCAGGCUGGUGCUGCUGAAGAAGCUGAGGCAGAGCCAGAUGCAGAAGGAGAACCUGGUGCAGAAGGUCCCUGUGGUCCAGAACACAGCGUCUGCCCUCCAGAGCGGUGCCGUCCACGGUGCUCAGAGCAUGAGCAAGAUGUCUGGCCGCCCUGGCCACCACACCCCAGAGCCCCAGAACCAUCGCACUGCACAGGUGGGCUACAGCAUUGCACAGGGUCACUCGGUGAUCAGGUCAGCCACCAACAGCUCCAUGUCUCAGAUGAUGAUGUCACAGAGCAGGGUGAUAGCGCCCAACCCUGCCCAGCUGCAGGGCCAGAGGCUGGCACAGCAGAAGCAGGGUGGCAUGCGCUCCUCGACUGGCAGCUCUAACAAUGCCGUUAGCUACCAGCAGUCUUCCACCCAGCAGGUGGCAGUUUCUCAGCGCUCUGGCUCCUCCUCCUCCUCGGCCAUCUACAUGAACCUGACCCACAUGCAGGCGGCCGGAGCCGCGGGAGGGGUCAGCGGGGUGUCGGGGGUGGGGGCGGUCAGCCCCUCAGCCACACACAGCCCAGGGGGGACAUCGGUGGGCUCCUCCAUGGCCGACACAGCCAGCAGUCAGGCAGCCGCCAAACUUGCCCUGAGGAAACAGCUGGAGAAAACCCUGCUGGAGAUCCCUCCUCCCAAGCCGCCGGCGCCGCUCCUCCACUUCCUGCCGUCAGCGGCCAACAGCGAGUUUAUCUACAUGGUGGGCCUGGAGGAGGUUGUGCAGAGUGUCAUUGACAGUCAGGGUAAACUGCGUUUGCCCUCCUCCAUGGAGCCCUUCUCGUGUGCCCAGUGCAAGACGGACUUCACCCCUCACUGGAAGCAGGAGAAGGGUGGGCGCAUACUUUGCGAGACCUGUAUGUCGUCCAAUCAGAAGAAGGCACUGAAGGCUGAGCACACCAAUAGGCUGAAGAACGCCUUCGUCAAGGCUCUACAGCAGGAGCAGGAGAUUGAGCAGAGAAUCCAGUUGCAAGCUGCUCUUGCCACCAGUUCAGCUCAAACUAUUCCAAGCGUCAGUAAGGCUGAGUCUAUGAGCAGACAUCACACACACAGACAGGCGCCUCAGCCACAGGUGACCCAGUCACAGGCCUCCCUCCAACGGGGUCUGUCUGGCUCGGCCCGGGGCGUCCUGUCCAACUUCGCCCAGGCCUCCCAGCUCUCGGUGGCCAGCAGCCUGCUGGGCAUGACUGGAAAGCGCAGUGGACAGCUGGGCACUAGUGGGCACAGCCGGGCACAGCAACAACAGCAGCAACAGCAGCAGCAGCAGCAUCACGACAACCGCCGCCAGCUCUACAGCAUCCCUGGGGUGAACAUUGCCUACCUGAACCCAGGCAAUGUGGUCGGCCACAAGGGGUCCAGCCUGGCUGACCGCCAGAGGGAAUACCUGCUGGACAUGAUCCCGCCUCGCUCCAUAUCCCAGUCCAUCAGCGGACAGAAAUGAACCUCACCCCGCCCCGACGCAAUACCACAACCCUUCCCCACACCACACCUCAACCCCCAUCGCAUGCAGUGCCUGUUAGUGUGCCUACCAAACUAACCUGUAUGAAGAACACAAUCAACGAGUCAAGAGGCCACCAAACUCUGAAAUGACUUUUCAUUUGAACGUGAUGCAAACCCCUUUUAAUUCCUCUUGUUAUUACUAUCGUCAUUAGUGCUAUGGAUGUUGUUACUGCAUUGCCGCUACCAGUUAUGAGCGUGCCCAUCUUUGUGGAGAACCCCUGUCUUUAUAUGCUUGUGGCAGUGUCCCGAGUGUGGGGUGUCUUUUGUUUUGGAUUUAUGCGCUUGUUUUUGAAGAAAUAUUUUGUCUUGCUUGAGCUUUCCUUACCGGACUCAAGUCUUUGUUAUGUCUGGAAUUACCAAGCUAUCUUUUUGAGAACUGCACCACUCUCAAAUCCCUGCUCUUUCUCUGAUUUCUGAAUUCAACCAUCACCCUGUUUUUCCACAUUUGGUUGUGAAUUAUUGGAGGAGAAAUUCUACCAGACCGGCCAAACCUUUGUUUUAAAAAGGUGAUUGUGAUGGUUUAACUUUGACCUGAAUCUCUCAAGCCUUUGAGCUUGAGCUUUCUUCAAAGAUUUGUGGGGAGAAAAGAGGAUGAUUGAGACCCUGGAGUUGUCUGAAGCAAUGCUUCUCUAACUGAUUGUUGAAACAAGGAUGGAUAAAUAUCCCACAAAGAGAGACAGCCCAAUGCACCAUCUGGACUUGGAUUGGAUGCACCGCUGAAAAAAUACUACUCCCAUUGGAUAUGAAGGCACAGAAACUGAACCUAUAGCAGAGUUGCCCUGUAUCCUGUCAACCUUUUCAUCUGAGGCAGCCUGGGGGCUGUAGUUCAGAAGUGAUGGAAUUGAGGAGUUAGUAUCCUAAAGCAUAUAUAAUUGAUGGGGUAUUGAUUGGAGAGAUCAUUUAGAGGGAUUUGAUUGGACGAGAGAUCAUGUGAACGUACUUAAUUGGCUGAGAGAUCAGGUGAAUAAGGUUUUUAUUUAAUUGGAGAGGAUGCAGGUAUUGGAUUUGGUGGGAGGGAUCAUCCUUAGACUCAAAAUUGAAGGGGUUUCCCAUAGGACCAUGGUUUGUACUUAUUUAGGAGUGGGCAUGGGGGGGAAGAGGCACAGGGGUUCCCUCUCUCCUCUGUUUUCAUCUCUUAGCUAAUAGGAUUUGCUAUUUUUCACUCUACCCUGUCAUUCAAAGUUAUGGAUUCCGUUUAGAUACUAUGUCAACAUUAUCCCCAUGGUGUCUGGGAGGCAUUUGAAAAUGGUCAGGGAGAGUGUCUAGCUAGCUAUUAGCUUUAAGCCUGCUCUAAGCUAUUUAGCCUGCUCUAAGCUAUUUAGAUGUUUGGUGUCUUCUGAAGUGUUUGCGUAUCUGAAAGGUACUUUGCACAGGAGACAAUAAAUAAA